GCCGAAAGGGUCAGGUGUAUUGAUGGAGCUCUUGUUAUAUAUGCAAAAAUGCGUUACGGUCGCUCAUCCCCUUCUUCUUUCUCCCUGUCAUGACCUCCUACCUUCAAAAAGCAGGUACAAAGCUCUUUGAAAAGAACCUCGAGCAAUACCGACCCGAAGACCCGUUGUAUGAGUUUUAUACCGACAAGCGCGGCAAACAGCGUCGCAGAAAGCGCGCGAUACCCCCCGGUCUUUCAGCGCGUGAUGCAAAGAUUCUCAAGUCGGUGCAGCGCCGUGCCCACUACCUAGACAAAGGUUUCUCCAUUUGUGGUCUCCGAUUUGGCUGGGCUUUUAUCAUUGGUAUUAUCCCUGGCGCCGGCGAUGUCGCUGAUGUCACACUCAAUUAUUUCCUGGUUGUCCGCAAAGCCAGGCAGGCUGAACUACCGGCUUGGCUCGUGCGCCGCAUGCUCCUCAACAAUGCAAUUUCGGCUUUGAGCGGCCUAGUGCCCGUAGCGGGUGACAUUGUCAUGGCCGUGUUCAAGGCGAAUUCAAGGAAUGCCGCGCUUCUGGAAGAGUUUUUGAGGAUAAGAGGGGAAGAAUUUUUGAAGUUGCAGGCGGAGAAGGCGCAGGGAACAGGUCAGAGUGUGUCUAAGAAGGAUUCAGAACAGGUUAAGCCUGGCGCGGGCAUGUCAGACGAUGCAGCGGUGACUGCACCACAACAGAAGCCGAAAUUUUUGUCUUGGAGCCGUUCGAGCCGCAAAGGAAAGGAGCGCGCCCCCAGCCCCGGUGAAAUGGGAAGGUUCGUUGAGGAUGUGGAGUUAGGUCCUGCAGCACUCAGUGGAGAGGAGAGCAGUACCAUUGCUGUGCAAAAAAGAUGACGUUUGAUUGGAGCUUGACAGAUCUAAUAGUGUCCUGAUCGAUGUGGUAUACACGAACUUUUUUCUGGACCCAUUCUAUACACGGAGUGAUCUCUAUAUACCUAUACUUUUCAUGUACUUUAGCCAUAUGUAGUGUUUAGUUUGUGGUCUAAAUAGAUCAAUCAUAUCAUACUGGGAGCCUGUAUGUACGUACGAGUCACUGCAAGCAAUACUUUUCGCGCGCGGGUAACAUAGUCAUGCUGUACAGCGUGCACUGAUACCAUGCUCUGCUCUUAAUCAAUAUCUCUCGUC